UUUCUUUACGAUAUAUAUAUAGAUAGAGAGAGAGAGUGUUGAUGGUGGAAGUCUGAAGGUGAAGAAAUCAACUGAUUCCUCCAACGACCAGAGAUCAGAAAUCAGAAAAUGGAAGAAAAAAGUGGGUACCAAGACUUGCUUCCGGUGAUGGCGGAGAAGCUAGAGGUGGGGAGGUUCAUGGAGGAGCUAUACGGUGGUUUCCGGCUGCUGGCGGAUGAGAAGAUGGGGGUGAUAACGGCGGAGAGUUUGAGGAAGAAUAGUGGGAUUCUGGGAAUGGAAGGAAUGAGCAAAGAGGAAUCAGAGGAGAUGAUGAUGGAAGGUGAUCUUGAUGGAGAUGGAUUCUUGAAUGAAAUGGAGUUUUGCAUACUCAUGAUCAGACUUAGUCCAGAAAUGAUGCAAGAUGCAGAGAUGUGGUUGGAGAAAGCCAUUGAAGAUGAGAUCAAGAAACCCAUUUCUGCUUCAUCACAAAACUGAACUUCAUUUCAUCUGUAUUCCAACUUUCUUGGAAUGUAAUUGGGUACUAUUUUAUAUGGAUUUUAUAUUUUAUUUGCAUA